AUGAAUGCGAGUAGUUGUACAAGUAGUAGUACGAGUGCGAGUUGUAGUAAGAGUUGUUGUACGAGUGUGAGUAGUAGUACGAGUUCGAGUAGUUGUACAAAUAGUAGUACGAGUGUGAGUAGUAGUACAAGUAGUAGUGCAAGUGCGAGUAGUUGUACAAAUAGUAGUACGAGUAGUUGUUGUACGAGUGUGAGUAGUAGUACGAGUUCGAGUAGUUGUACAAAUAGUAGUACGAGUGUGAGUAGUAGUACAAGUAGUAGUGCAAGUGCGAGUAGUUGUACAAAUAGUAGUACGAGUUUCCGCUUGCAUGUUACGCCUGAAAUCAGACUCCUUGUGAAUAUAGCAUAUAAAUCAAAUUUUGGUGUAAAAUGCGGUCAGGGUUCACGAGCGCUCUCUGUAGCAAUAGAGAUCUCCUUCAAGGUCAAAGGUUACUCAGGUCAGCGUCAGGGUUCAGGAGCGUUCUCUGUGGUCACUAAGAUCCCUCAAGGUCAAAGGUUACUCAGGUCAGGGUUCACGAUACCUGAAUAA